AGAGACACAUAAGUUAACUCAUCUUUGAAAGCAAAAUCAUUAUAUUAUAGGGUAAAAUCAGAUAAAACCGAUAAAGCUGACUGUUCUUGCUGAUGGCUAGACUCGGAGCAUUGAAAUAAAGACGUGUCGCUAACCAUGGUGUGUAAUUGGCGCGCUAAAGAGAUGUCCGCUAGUAUGGAAACCGAGCAAAAUACCGAGCAAGACAGCGCUAAUAACGCGGAAAAAGGAGAGAAACUAUGCCGCUUCCCUUUGUCACGAGUCAAGAACAUCAUGAAGCUUGAUCCCGAUGUUGUGCUCGCUAGUCAAGAGGCUGUGUUCCUCGUCUCAAAAGCUACAGAAAUGUUUGUCGCCGCCUUGGCAAAAGAAGCUUACACAUAUACGAGACAAGCAAAAAAGAAAACUAUUCAGAAGAAGGACGUCGAUUCUUCCGUCGAAGCCGUUGAAGCAUUCGCCUUUUUGGAAGGGACUCUGGACUGAUAGACCGUCGCACUUCUGGCUGCAGAACAUUUUGUAAAUAAAUUACCAGUUUUUGACGCUACAAAAA